AUGCUGCUUAUACCCAUACCUGAUCGUCUCCGAGUGGCUCUCACCAUCCUAACCGCUUUAUCGUUUCUCCCUCAACUGCAUCGCAUCUGGACAAAAAAGACCAGCAAAGGGAUUUCAACGGACUACAUCUUUUGGAACCUCCUCUGCGCAACAGAGCAAUUCAAAUUCUUUGUCUAUCUUCUCAUAGCCAAGGACCCCGAAGAAAACAUCCCACUCGUCUAUGAUCCCCCAACGUUUGGAGAUAGACUGAAUAUGUACCAGACUGCUGUGGCCUGGUUAUCAUUUUUUACACUUUUCUGUGCCUGUUUACGACACACACCUUCUAAGCCGUUCUAUAUCAUCGCAUACGCACUCUACAUUCCCAUAUCAAUCAUCCCUCCAAUCUUGGAUAUCCUCUAUGGUUUCCCUUCGCCAGAUCACACUUACGGUGAUCCUGUAGCUUCGGGAAUAUUCUUCCUCUCCAUGUGUCUGCUGAAUCCGCUCGUAACAGUGUUGGUGGUAUAUGCUGUUUUCUCGCAGAUACGGGAAAUCAAAAGUGCAAGGAGCUCAGAAUCAUCGAGUCCACCGGACAAUGCUCUAAGUAUCUGCGGAUUGGCAGUGCAAGCUGUUGUCUUUGCUGCUGUGGCUUUUACAUGGAUCUGGCGCGUUCCGAUUGAAAAUGCUAGAUUGGAGUGGGGCUCGUGGUCAUGGCCCGUGGUCGCUCCCGACAAUCUUAUGUAUUGGUAUAGCUUGGUUGGGUUCCCCGCUUUUGAUAAUGGUAUAUUUGCGAUGGGGCAGGGUGUUUUGUUCGCAUUGGCUUGGCGGAGGGCCAAAGAUGGAGAGAAUGCGGUGGACAGGGAGCAGGAGCCUCUACUAGGGGGAUCUGAGGAUUGA